AUGUUGAACCAAGUUUCGAACGAAUCAAAACCGAAGACGUUUGCGAUUGUAUGGGAUGACGAUGUUGAUGUUUCAACGAAUUAUGACGAUUUUACAGUUGCAUGGCUUGAUAAUCGACAUAACCAUACGACAGAGUUUUAUCAAAUUGUGGAUAGGUUGAGAGAUGUAGUUAAUCAUGUGGAAGUAUUUCAUAGUAUCAGUAGUUGUCUUAAUUAUAUAUCAUCUGUCAAAAACAAACAAAUAUUCUUAAUUAUCGGCGGUUUAUUUAGCGAGUUUGAUGUUUAUUUGUUAUAUGACCUUCCAGAAAAUGUUCUGGUCUACUCAUGGCGUAAUGAGAACUAUGUUAACUGGCUAAAAUCUAACAUAAACAUACGCGGAAUAUUUGAUGAACCAACAGGGUUGAUUGAGAAAAUUAAUGAAGAUUUGGCAACCGAAACCUUGUACGGUACGUCGACUCGUCGUUUCGAUGUGAAUCAAAUCCGAUAUAAAUGUUUUCAAUUAUUAAUCGACGUUUUACGUCAUAUGCCAGCACCAAGAGAGACAGCAAAAGAAAACAUGAUAGAACAUUGUAAAGGUAACAAUAAAGUAGAGAAAUCAAAAAUUGACGAUUUUAGAGAACAUUAUAUAGCAGAAAAUGCCAUUUUUUGGUAUUCACGGGAUAGUUUUUUCAAGAAACUAUUUGAUAAAGAUCUUCGUACAGAUGAUUUAAAUCUGAUCUUAUAUUUUGGUUUUUAUAUAAUUGAUCUUUAUAAUCAACUAUAUCGAUUACAAGAACAAAAAUGCAAAUCAUUAUAUCACACUGUCUAUCGGGGACAAUUACUACCGCGCAAGGAACUCGAAAAACUGAAACAAAAGGUUGGCAGUUUUAUUUCAAAUAAUUCAUUUUUGUCAACAACUUAUAAGGAAGAUGUGGCGCUAACGUAUGCCCAAAACAACUUUGAGGAUCCAUUAUAUGAAUCGGUUUUAUUCGAAAUUGAUAUCGGAAACGAAAGUCAAAAUGUACAUCAUCCAUUAGCUGAUAUUAGUGAAAUAAGUCAUAUAGAUGCGGAAAUACUAUUAUCACUUGGAACAGUGUUUCGAAUUGAUAUUGCUGCUGAACCGUCUGAUGAAAACGACAAGAUAUGGUACUUCCAUCUAACUGUGUGUGAUAAAGGUCGUGAAGUACAAAAAUUAACUGAUAAUUUUGACGUAAUUUUAUUAGAAUUAACGCAAAUAUUACGUCGCAUGUCACCAGAUAGUGACAAAGUAAAUAAUAAACUUUUGGAAAGAUGUCGAUUGUACUAUGCUAAUAAUCCAGCUGAGUUGGAAAAAAUUGACGAUUUUGAAAAGAAUUACCAUGCAGAUGAUGCAAUUCGCUGGUAUGCUAAAGAUUCAUUUCUUUUUCGUCUGUUGAAUACUGCUCUUCGAAAAAAUGAUAUAAAUACAAUUCUUGACUUUCGAUUUUUCAUAAUUGAUCUUCAUGAUCAAUUAACCAAAGUUCAAACUGAAUAUUUGCGAUCCUUACCAGUCAAUGCAACACGACUGACUCUGUUUCGAGGACAAUUAAUGGGUAGCAGGGAACUGAAACAACUUCAGCUUUCUGUUGGCAAAUAUUUCGAUUAG